AUGGAGGAUGGCACGGCUAGGAACUUGAAGAUGCGAAAACCUGAAAAACUCAAGAGCACAACAAAAUCUUUACUACAGUUUCGUUGUGUAUGCAAGUCGUGGCUUGCUUUAAUCUCUUAUCCCAAUUUUGCUAGGAAGCACAUCAGCACAUACACCAGCAGGUUAAAGCUUCUUGAGACAGUCAAUCCCUCCAGAUCCAUAGACUUCGAAGCAACAUUAAAGGAUGACGAUCGAGUGGGAUAUACCGCCCUACCAGAAGCACCAAGAUUAUGGGUUCUGGGUUCCUGCAUUGGCUUGAUAUGCCGGGAAGAAGACAAGGGAGGUGAUCUUAUCUUAUGGAAUCCUUCAACUCGAGAUACAUACAAGUUACCGGAACAAAUUAAAACUAGAUAUCGUCAGUUUUUUGGAUUUGGUUAUGAUUCCACCAAUGAAGAUUACAAGGUCAUAGUAGGCCUUGAAACCGAAAUUACAGUCUUUACAUUAAAAACCGGCUCAUGGAAGAUUGUUGAACAGUCCGAGUACGUUGGAAGGUUUUAUGGGGAGGGGUGCUUGUUGAACGGAGCUCUACAUUGGCUGGAGGAUAGUCGGUCAAAAUUCACAAUAAUCUCUUUUGAUCUGGUAGAGGAGAAAUUUCAGGAGUUGCCACCACCCAAUAUUUGCAGGAAAGAAGUUUCUGGCCGCCUGGGUAUUGGGAAAACUAUUGGCAACUGUCUCUUCCUAUAUCUUUAUGAUUCCAAGCAUCAUACGUCCCAAACAGGAGGUUUGCCUUUCGACAUGAAUAUGGGUUGCAACAGUUCGAAGUACUCUUCAGAGCAAGAUAAUGAUAUGGACUCAAAGAGAAAGGGGACAACCAUUGUUGCAUGUUUUACUAAGGAAGGUGUUAACAUUAGAGUCCGUGGGGGUCUCUAG